AUGAGACGAAAUGCUAUACGCUCGAAAACUAUGAUGGCUGACCCAGAUUUUGCAGCCCAUGUUAGGGCUGGGAUGUCACGUCAAAACAAUAUUAAAGUUAUCUCAAGGUUUCGCCCCUUAAUUGACUUCGAAAUGACAGACGAAGAUCAAAGUCCCACCGACAAUCAUGCUUUGGUGAACUUUUUGUCUGAAAAUACAAUAGCAGCUGGGCCCGGAUUUGAAACUUUUACACUUGAUCAUGUUUUUGAUCCAGACUCAAAACAGUCUGAAGUAUAUGAAAUAGUAGGUAAACCAGUUAUUGAAGAUGUCUUAAACGGCUACAACGGGACAAUUUUUGCCUAUGGGCAAACAGGAAGUGGUAAAACACAUACAAUGAUGGGGAAAAAUAUUUUCGAAGAAGAAUAUAAAGGAAUUAUUCCAAGAGCUGCUCAACAGAUUUUUGAAGCUGUACAAUCAGAUUAUGGAGAAAUUGAGUACACGUUAAAGUGCUCGAUGCUUGAAAUUUAUAAAGAAACGCUUAGAGAUUUAUUAGUAGCAGAAUCUGUGAAAUUAAAAAUAAAAGAAUGCCCAAGAAGAGGAAUACAUGUCCAGGGGCUAACCGAAGUUUGUGUCACAAAUGAAAACGACAUGAUCGAAGUACUAACAAUCGGCCAACAAAUGAGAACUGUUGCGACUACAAAACUAAAUAAAGCAUCAUCAAGGUCUCAUUUAUUAUUUACUUUGGAAGUAAUUCAAAAACUGCCUAACGACAGCGAAAAAAAAGGGAAGCUAAAUCUGGUAGAUUUGGCUGGUAGUGAAAAAGUCAGCCAUUCAGGCGUGACUGGAAACAACCUUGAAGAAACCAAGAAAAUAAAUCUUUCUCUUUCAGCGCUUGGAAAUGUGAUUCAUGCUUUAAUUUCAUACUCUGAUCAUAUUCCAUAUCGUGAUUCUAAGCUUACUAGACUCCUUCAAGAAUCUCUUGGAGGAAAUUAUAAAACCACGCUAAUUGUAGCUUGCUCUCCUUCUGCUCGUGCUAUAGAAGAAACCUUAAAUACCUUAAAAUUUGCAGUCAGAGCUAAAAAAAUCAAAAAUAAAGCUACAAUUAAUAUAAAAAAUUCUCCUGAAAGCUACAUUAAAAUGAUUGAAAAAUUGAAGGCAGAGCUGGCUGAAGCGAGAAGAGAAAUAAACUUAUUGAGGUCUGAAAGGGAUUUUGCAGGGGAGUCUCGAAGUGUAGCUUCAUUAUCCCCUAUAUUAAAAGACCCGCCUUUGCCAGGUCUUCUCCAUUCUAAUACAAUAACUCUCGCUGAAUUAGCAUCCCCAAAAAAUUAUAUUGAUUCUUCAAGAGUUUCUACAUAUGAGGACUCUCAGCUUGAUUUAAAAAGAUCUCCGUUUAGCACUUUUGAGCCUGAUUAUUUGACCACAUCUUUUCAAUUAAAGCCAUUUGAUUCCUCAUUUCCAUCAUCUCCUGAUCCAGAAGCUAUUAUAAUAUAAUAAAAUAAAUAAUAAUUUUAUAUCAGAAUUAUUGCAAUGGAAAAAUAUUAUUUUAUAAAAUAAUGCAAUUAUUUAUAGUAUCACUCUGCCAGGUCAUUUUAAUGUAAAAUAAAUUUAAUAAUGAAGCUUUUGAAAAAAAAAUUCGAAAAUAUAAAAAGAAAACCAAAUUUUUAAAGCGAGAAAAUACAGAUCUGCGAGAAAAAGUCGCAGAAUUAGAAGCAAAAGUAACUUCGACUAAAACCAAACAACUACAAAAUGAGCAAAAAGCUCAUGAAUUUUACGAAAAAUACAAUAAAGUUGUCUUAGGGAAUAAUAAAGAAAACAAUACACUAAAGUUAAUACAAGAAGAAAAUGAAAAAUUGGUGCUUCAGGUGAGCAAAUUUACAAAAGCAUUAGACUCUCUUAAUAUAAAAUACAAAGAUGUCAAUGAAAAGUUAAUAAAUUCUCAUCAAAUCACUGAGGUUGAAUUUGACGAUUUAACGGAAGUUAGUAUUUUGCAAUUAACUACUCCAGUUAUGGGGGAGCAAGAACUAAGUGAGUUAGAAGCUUGUAGAACAGAAAAUUUAGAAGUCAUCACAAAUUCUUUAUCAAUAAAUCCUCGUGAUUUAUCAAGAAUUUCUGACCCUUAUACCGAUGAAAUAAAAAAAGCUGUCGAAAAUAAUGAUGAGCUCAACAGAGAUAUUUCGAUUUUCCAUUUAAAAAAUCAGCUUAUUCAUGCAAGCAUGAUAAAUUCUAACUUAGUUAGAGGAAUUCAUGCUUUAGACUGGAAAUUCAGACUUUUGGCUGAUAAAUAUAGCCUUAAAAAAAUGCUGGUAAGCCAUCAAAAAGAGCAAAUAGAUUCUUUAGAAAAAAUGAUUGAUUUUUUGCACGAUUCUCAUAUGCACAUGCUAAAGCUUUAUGAACAAGUUAAUCCUGAAAAACCAAAUUUAUCUAAAAAAGACCUAGUAUUAAUACCUAAAGCGCAAAUGCUUAAAUCAUUCACGCCAUCUGCAGUAGCUAAACGAAGAAGACUAUCAACAACCAAAUUAAUUGAUUCCUGUGAAUCCACAAGAGAAAACUCUAAGUCCAAAGAUGAUCUGGACUGCUAUAGUAUGGAUACUUUUAGUUUCCAAUUAAAAUAUAGCAACCUAGAAACUAGUCUUGAGCUUCAAAGGCUUUAUAAUAAUGAGCUAAAACGAACAAAUGAAUUUCUUAAAGAGCAAUCAGAAACUUAUCAAAAAAUGCUAAAUAAUUUCGAAAAAGAUGUGUUUAAAGCACAAAAAGAAGAGCGGGAAAGAUGACGAAAAUUCUUUAUAGAGCUUAAAGAAAAUUGUGAAAAAGAAUUAUUAAGAAAACAAUCAGAGGUAGUUAGGCUAAAUACAUUGUUAGGAAAAUGGGCAGACCAAUAUAUGGAGCUGCAAGAGUCAUUAUCUUUUUCUAGCAAGCCUUUUUCACAAUCUUCAUAUGAGGAGAUGAAAAAAUUAAUAAAAGAUACAAUUACAAAUUCUUACACCAGUCCCACUCCAAGCUUAAAAGAAGUUUUCCGAAAAUCACCUUUGAAACGAAGCUUUUCAUCAUACCCAGCACCAUAUGUCAAGCCACAUGGUGAUAUUAAUCCGAUAUAA